CGCCGGUCUCUCUACCGCAGUAACGCGACGAGAGACAGGAGGAGGGGGAGAGAAAUGACAGAUCUCGCCUCCCCGUCGCCGUCCGGACCCAGAUCGGCCGCAGAUCUCUUCGGAGAUCCAGUCGAUUCCCGACCUCUCUGGUUCAAGAAGGACGCCUUCCUCCAGACGGAUUUCGAUCCCGAAGCGUACGUCUCCGAUCUCCGCCGGUUUGUCCCCCUCGACAGCCUCCGGAACGAGCUCCGUUCUCACCUCUCGAUCCUCAAGAACGAGCUCAUCGAGCUCAUCAACCGCGACUAUGGCGAUUUCGUGAACCUCAGCACGAAGCUCGUCGACGUCAAUGGCGCGAUCCUGCGGAUGCGGGCGCCAUUGACGGAGCUUCGGGGAAAGAUAUCGCAGUUUAGGGCGAGCGUGGAAGUUUCGCUGUCGGCACUGCACGAUGGAUUGCGGCAGAGGGCGGAGGCGUCGGCCGCUCGCGAGAUUCUGGAACUUCUCCUUGAUACUUCUCAUGUGGUGUCCAAGGUUGAGAAACUCAUACUGGAGUUGCCUAGCGUGCCUGCCGAUUGGUCAAAUGCAGAUGCGGCUCCUAUAAGCAAGACUUCUCUUACCAGUUUAACUCUUAAUGGUUCCCAACCUGCUGAGAACGGAGCGAACCUAAGAGAGACCCAGAGCAUUCUGUUGGAGAGAAUUGCUAGUGAGAUGAAUCGGCUUAACUUCUAUGUUGCUCAUGCUCAGAAUCUUCCCUUCAUUCAGAACAUGGAGUCACGAAUUCAAAGUGCUAGGUCUUUGCUAGAGAAUAGCUUGGGUCAUUGCUUCAUAGCUGCACUUGAACAUCGGGAUGCAAAUGCGAUUUAUAACUGUCUACGGGCAUAUGCUGCUAUUGAUAAUACUGAAAAACCUGAAGAAGUUUUUCGUUCAACUGUUGUAUCUCCAUUGAUUCAAGAAGUUAUCCCUCAGAACCCUUCAUUGGUUGAUGGAACUUCCUCAGACGAAUUAGAGGAAGAUUACAAAAAAAUAAAGGAGCUUAUUAUAAAAGAUUGCAAAUUUUUACUGGACAUAUCUGCCACAACUAAUUCUGGCCUGCAUGUGUUUGACUUCUUGGCAAACUCUAUAUUGAAGGAGGUUCUGCUCGCUAUUCAAAAGGGUAAACCAGGGGUGCUGUCUCCUGGGAAGCCUACAGAAUUUUUGAAAAAUUAUAAAUCAAGCCUAGACUUCUUGGCAUAUCUUGAAGGUUACUGCCCUUCCAGAUCUGCUGUUAUUGGUUUCCGUUCCCAGGCUGUCUAUUUAGAGUUCAUUAAACUUUGGAACAUUGGGGUGUAUUUCUCCUUGAGAUUUCAGGAAAUUGCUUCAGUUUUGGAUUCUGCUCUGAUGGUAGCUACCAUCACUCCAGUUCUUGUUUUGCAUCCUAAUGAGAAUAGUAAUGAAGGCUUGACACUUAACCAGAGCCUUGUGCUUAUGGAAAGCUUGAGAACCUGCUGGAAAGAGGAUGUUCUUGUGAUCUCUUGCUCCGAUAAGUUUCUUAGAUUGUCACUGCAGCUUGUAUCAAGAUAUACCACUUGGCUGUCAUCUGGACUUGCUGUACGUCAGAAGGGUACUUCGAGCUCAGGUGCUGGUUCUGAAUGGGGUCUUACUGCCAGCCCAGAUGAUUUUAUUUAUGUGUUGCAUGACAUUGGUGUUCUAGUCUCUGAAAUUACUGGUGAAUUUUUGGAGAAAGUGCUUCAGCUUCUUGCAUCCUGUCCUGCUGAAGUGCUUGCACAAGUAAAGAAAUGCAUCGCACAAGCUGGAAAACAAUUGGGGGAUUUGGCUCCUGCUGUGAUGGAUACCAUGAUUGACACCCUUGUUGAGAAGUCUGUGGAGGACUUGAGACAGCUCAAGGGGAUAACUGCAACAUAUAGAAUGACCAAUAAGCCUCCACCUGUAAGACACUCGCCUUAUGUGUCAGGAGUCUUGCGGCCUCUGAAGUCUUUCCUUGAGGGAGAGCGAGCAAUAUAUUUGAAUGAAGAUGCUAGAAGAGCACUUCUUGUUGGUGCGGCUGAAAAGAUCACUAAUCGCUAUAAUGAGCUAGCUGGAGAGCUUGUUAGUGUGGCGAGGAAAACUGAGUCCUCACUUCUGAGGAUUAGACAAGGUGCUCAAAGACGUGCUGGUGCAAGCUCAGAUGCAUCAGAAAACAAUAUAUCUGAUACAGAUAAGAUCUGCAUGCAGUUAUUUUUGGAUAUACAGGAGUAUGGCCGCAACCUGGCUGCUUUUGGGGUUGUGGCAGCAGAUAUCCCGGCAUAUCGUUCAUUGUGGCAAUGUGUAGCUCCACAAGAGAAACAAGAGCUGAUACAUUUCUGAUAUGUCUUAUGCUGAAAGGAGGAAAAAAAGCACAGUUGUAAUCAAGACCUGGAGCUGUUUUUCUGAUGGUUGGGAACGAUAUGCACAAUGUGCGGAGAACAUCAGAAUGGUGCUUUGGUUGCUUGUUUAUCCAGUAUAUGGAGUUAAUUAUGUUGGAAGAGGCGUAGAAACAGAUGGCUUUGUGAGUUAGUGUAUAUCAAUGCUAGUAGGAGAGGCAUAAGAAAUCAGAAUUACCCCCAAAUUUUUUUUGUAAAAUAAUAUCAAUGUAGCUAAACAUGUCAAUUUUCUUGCCUAGUAAUACUACCUCUCUCUCUCUC